AUGGUGGACAUUUUCUUAAACCGAGUCCUCGUGGAGAACAACUCGGACCAGGAUGAGCUCAACACGGAGCGCGAGAUCAUCGGGAUCCUGGAAAACCGCAUCCUGAUGCUGUUCUUCGCAGCUGCAGCAUGUGAGAAGUGCCAAGAUUUUGUACCAGAUUUAAAUGGGUUUUUUAAGAAACUGAAAGAUCCGGCAUACAUCGAAUACCCCAAACUGCUGGCGCUCAUCUACAUCAGCUUGGACCAAUCAAAGGAGCAGCAGGAAAGAUUUUUGAAAGAGCUGCACAAAAAGACUUUGUUUUUGGGCUUUGAGGACCCAUUCAGAAUGGAGCUGCAGGACAUGUUUAGGGUGAAGGACCUUCCAACAGUAAUCGUCCUGCGUCCCGAUGGCUCGGUCCUCUCUCCAAACGCAGUGCAGGAAAUCUCUCAGCUGGGAACGGACUGCUUCCAGAACUGGCAGGAGUCAGCCAAGCUCAUCGAGCGGACCUUCAUGCUAAACGAGGACUUUGAUGACCCGAACCUUCGAAGUGCCACCGACCCAGUGAGGAGGCUCAAAUACAAGACGGAGGACGACAAGAGGAAGAAGAGAUGGUGGAAAUUUUGGGAGAAGGGAAAAGAUGAGAAGGAUGAAGAGGAGAAGGAUGAAAGUUGGGACAAGAAGACAAAGCAAAGUAAAGGAACUCAGAGGAGAAGAUGAAGAGAAAAUAUUAAAAGGCUAUAAUACAGUAUGCACUAUAAACAUAGAAGAAUGGAAAUAACUUAGAAAAGUUCACUUUUUCCAGAGCCAAGUGUACAGUUUAUUAGUUUUUAUUCCAUCCAUCCAUCCAUCCAUCCAUCCAUCCAUCCAUCCAUCCAU